GUUACCUUUCGAAAACACUCCGGAACCUCGUAGCCAAACAACCACAACAACAAGAGCAAGAAACAAACCCAACAGGCAAGAAAUUUCCCACCGAGAAACACCCGUCACGAUGCCGACCUCUACUACACUCGCUCGUGUCGUUCACAGAACGGUCCUCCGGCCCACCGGCAUCCGCGCCGCCGCCGCCACCGUGAUCCCCCUCCAACACAUGCGCUCGUCACCGCAGUCUAUCCAACAGCGGUUCGCCGCCACCUCAGGCGACACUUCCAAACGCGGCAGUGGAAGCAGCAGCAGCCGUGGCUCUCGCUCUUCAGGUAGCGGUGGUGGUACCGAAAAGACCGAGCCCGAGAUCCUCGCUGCUGACAUUGAUGCGGAACUCGAUUACCCGAUUGCUGCGAUGGAUGAGCAGUACAGCACUACUUCGUGGUCUGAUACUCCGGCUGGAAAGUCUGCGGCUGCGAAGAUGGCGUCGGCGGCGAGUGCGGGUGCGGGUGCAAGUGAGCAGCAACAGCAGUCGACGACGUCUGGGAAAACGACGACGGCGAGUGGAACUAAGCAUGAGACGUUGGUGGGGAAGGCGGAUAAUACCUUGUUCUACCUGGCAAUGGGAUUCCUUGGUCUAACUGGCGCUUACCUCGUACUUAAGCCCAACCCACACCCGUCGGCUUCCACAGGAAGCAGUGGUGUUGUUGAGCCGCGCGUUGACGCGAAAAGCAGCUCCUCCCAGCCUCCUUCUACUCAGAUGCAGCAAGGAGGUUCACCACCACCAUCAGUCCGCCGAACCUAGAAGAAGGCGCGCGAGAUGGAGAUGAUGAUGACGAGGAAGAAGAUGAUUGGCAGGGGUGGUUGAUGGAUCAUUUUGAGCUUUGGUGAGGUGUGGGAGUGUGGAAGUGCGGGGAGUGAAGGAGAUGGGG